AUGCUGGUGGGAGAUACCGCGAGCAUUCCCCGCUUGCAGGAAUAUGCAAAAGGCCGUGUGGUUGAAAUCGCAAGGUUUCCGGAGCAAAAGCAUACAACAAUACAAUGGGAGGAAUCAAUACUUCGAGACGCAGAAAUACUCUACGCCCGUACCCGCGCCCAUACUGGAAUCCAGCGGCUAAAUAUACUGAGGGACCAUGAUCGCAAGACGACUGUUCUGCUUGUUGGAGCGGGUAUCAUGAACCUUAUGACUGCCGAGUUCUUAGCGGCGCGUGGUUACCAGGUACGUGUUGUAGAUGCGGGCCCAAACCCUCGAUUAUGUAAAGACUGGACUACCCUGGGCGUAACCAACGGUGGUGGCAAUGCCCGUAUGUUCACUCAUUCUGAGGCGGACAACUACAAUGAGAAGGGUAGCGAAAUCUACCAGAACAUGCAGUCGAUUUUCCGAAAGACCACUCUCAACGACGGAUGGAGCGUGAAGUCGCCUGAGGAUUUUACUGCUGCGGAACACGCUUGGGUAAAUGCUUUUGAGCAGAUUCCGGCUUGGUUGGCGCAGAGUUUUAAGGAGAAUAUAUAUGAGGUGAAUCGGGAAGCUGGCAAACUCUGGACAGAAUAUAUUAAAACCUCUUCAAAGCUAUUCGAAGAGGUGGAAUUCCGCAAGGAUAUCCUACGCAUGUACGUGGAGCCAGUUGCUCUAGAUGCAGCCACCAAGCUAAACCGCCAGCUUGGGGCGAUUGUUCAGGCCACUUCUCCAGAAGAAUUUCUGAGUGCGCAUCCUGGUUUCCGGCCCGCCGCUGAGUCGGACCAUCUCGCGGGAGGCAUCACUGUGGAAGGGUUCACGGUGAACAUUCACCCCUUUGUAGCGAAGUUAAUGGACCGCAUUGCUGAUCUCGGUGGGGAGUUUCUCUGGAACUGCGAAGUUCAGGGCAUACAACGCAAUUCCCUAGGCGAGGUGACCAUGCUGGAAUCGCAACUGGGGCAUCUGGAAGCGGAUCACUUCGUGGUGAGUCCUGGCGUGACUGGAAAUGCAUUACUGAGUGGAACGGCCAGCGAAAACUUGAUCCACGGCGUACUAGGGAUAUGGCUGCAAAUCCCCAACCUGCACCCGCAAAUGCAACAUUCUAUAAAAAUCCACCGCCGCGCUCACCUCGUUGAAGACAUCAAUAUCACUGUGGCAAAGGACUUGGAAACCGGUGAAGACAUUCUGCAAUUUGGAGGUGGAUACGGCUACGUCGGGCGGGAUCGUCCGCCACCAGACUCUCCAGAACUAAUGGCCCUCUUCAAUGAGCUGGAAGAGGUGGCGCGCAUCUACUUUCCGCGGGGAUAUGCGGCAGCAAAGGAGCGUGGGACCAUAUACCCAGGUGGAAACCGCAAGUUUUGCAUCCGACCUUUUACGCCUACGGGCCUUGGACUGUUCGAGAGGAUCCCUACUGCAAGCGGAGGCCUUCUCAUUAUUACUGGCGGCAACAACACCGGCGGUUUUGCGCAGGCACCAGCCGUAGCGCGUGCGGUAUGGCGGGCGCUGGUGGGCGAGCACGAUCCUAUUCAUGUGCUUUUCCACCCUGAUCGCGGCAGGUUUCCUACUGCGGUGACCUACAAAUCCCGAGUCCCUGAGCCGUUAUCACUCAGCAGUACAGAAGGCCGGAAGCCACUGAGACUGCUCCUGCUCUGUUCGGAUGGUCCUCAGCACAGCUACCUACGAUACCGUCUAGACCAGGUCUUCCCCAGCUACCGCUGCAUCUUGGAAACGAAUGACGGACAGGUACGCCAGCUAGUACAAAAAGGUCGCAUGGUCGAUGCGUGCUAUAUGAAGUACCAUGGCCUACGACGUUACUACUCUGGACACGAUCACCAGCGUAAAGCUUACUUCAACAGCCUGGUGCCAGAGGACCAUGUCUCCCCGAAACCAGAUCUCACUGUCGACAGUGUCAACUGCCGCGAGGUGUGGGAAGCGGUGGAACAAUGGCAACCCGAGCUGACCAUCAUUUCGGGUACUAAGUAUAUUGGACGGAAGCUGAUCGAGCGCGCCGGGCUGAUGAUCAACCUGCAUAUUGGCCAUUUGCCAGAGUAUAAGGGAAACCACUGCAUCUUCUUUGCUCUGUACGAUGGGGCGGUGGACAAGGUUUCGGCGACUCUACACCAGCUGACGCCGCAACUAGAUGGGGGCGACAUCUUAGAUAGGGUCUUUCCGCCAAUUUUGCCAGUGGACAACGAGGAGACGCUGUAUGCACGGUGCAUUCAUAUGGCAAUAGAUCGGUGUAUAAAGUAUGUUGAGCAAUUUUCCUGGGGGAAGAGUCUAGAAUUUGUUCCUCAGGAGACUAUAGGGAGGACGUUUCGGCACCGCGACCGUACGCCUGAGAAGGAGUUGUGGUUAUGGUGGAAGCUAAGAGUCGGUGGGCUGCUAUGCGACUAUCGGACGUCGGGCAAAACGUUGGAGCGACUCGAAGGGAAGCGAUAA